AUGGUAAUUCCUAAGGUCAAGCUUAAAUCUCUCGGCGCCGGACCCGCUCUACUCCUUGUGGUGUUCCUCCUCAAUACCGUCCCAGUUCACGCCUUCUUCCGCCAUCUGUGCUUCGGUGAACUUGGAAAUGGACGCGUCGAUCCGAUCAUGUCUCCAGGUCAUCCAUCACAACACGUUCACGUCAGCUUUGGCGCAUCCAGCUUUGGGUUCGAUCCCACCAUUGACGAAUUGUUGACAUCAAACUGUACCAGCUGUUCCAUCACGCAGGAUCACUCAGUCUACUGGGCACCACGCAUGUACUUUCAGCACUCAAACGGCACUUUCGAGAUGAUUCCCACCUCUGGCGGAAUGACCGUGUACUACUUCACUGAGAGCGGGGAAGCCAACGUCUCGGCGACGGCGUUCCCUCAGAACUUCCGCAUGAUUGCUGGGAACUCGGUCAAACGUGCAUUCUAUGGUCCAGACCCCGAUCCUCCCAUGUCACUCUGGCAGCCGAGCGAUAUGACUCAGCAAUCUCUUAUGGAGAAAGCCCUUGGCUUCAACUGUCUACACUACAGCGACGGGGUCCCAAACGAAGGUUCGCUAGAGCACCAUGGACUUCGCAACAAGGGCUUUAUUGACUCUACAUGCGAGGAUGGAAUACGCGCGGAACUACUGUUCCCAUCAUGCUGGAAUGGCAAAGAUCUGGACAGUAGUAAUCACACCACACACGUCGCGUAUCCAAGUGAGGUCAAGUAUGGCACAUGCCCCGAAGGUUUCCCGGUGAAACUACCAAUUUUGUUCUACGAAACAAUUUACCAGACACCACUCUUUGCCGGCAUGGAUGGGCAAUUUGUGUUUUCGAACGGUGACCCCACUGGCUACGGCUACCACGGAGAUUUCAUCUGUGGAUGGGAUGAGGGAGUCUUGCAGGAUGCGAUCGACAAUACAAUCUGCACAAGUUUGAACAGCACGGGUCUCCAGGAAGAUUGCCCGAUAUUCUCACUGCAGGACAGAACAGUUGGUACGCAAUGCAAGAUGGAGGUUCCAGAGGCCCUCCAGGAUGAGCCGGUCAAUCUUGUUCAGCAAUUACCCGGUAACAUACAGGUUCAGGCAGGUCCUGAACCAGCGACCAUGCCAGAAGCCACAGCAGUAUCAGCUACUCCCUCGCCAACUGCAAACGCUACAGUGUUGAGUGUAUCACAGAACCCAACCUCGAGUUUGGCGGCUGCGACUGCGAUUGCGACGGCGGCGCCUCUUUCAGCCAACAUGAAUGUCACAACAACCCCAUCUCCAUCAGACACGGACCCUCAGAUCACGGUGACUUCAACCUACAUGAGUGGCAGUGUAGAAGUCCACAUGAUUCUGGUGGAGGAUAUCGUUACAGUGACUGUAUCCGAGGGUACAGCCCCAAUAGCGAGGGCACACAAGCGUCGCAUUCACAAGCACGGUCAUGGAAACGGACUGGUCCGGUACUGA